AUGACGCUCUUUGUCUUUGCUGAUUCGAAUUCAAGGAGCAGCUAUGCAAGAAACAUCGAGAGCUUGUCCUGCUACUCCAAGCUCAACAGCUUCAACUUCGUCCUCUUCAGGCCUGACUCAUUCCCUCAGUGCAAGGAAGCCGUCGGUUUCUUCUUCAGGAAAGUCUGCCAUGUCUUCUACUACCUGCUCAAUAUCCCCGCCGAUCACCACGUGGCAGUGCUGGAUGCUGAUACCGCGAUCGUGAACUUCGACAAGAAGAUCCAAGCUUGGUUGGUGGGCAACAAAGACAUCUGGUUCUAUCAUCGAUUCCAUAACAACGAGGUCAUGGCGGGAAACUACAUCGUGCGGAACACAGCAUGGAGCAGGAGGUUCCUUCUGGACUGGUACAUGCUCCACCCGGGGAACAAGCACGAGUACUCGGGCAUGAACGCAGACAAUGGAGCUCUCCACUGGCUGCUCCUGCAUCGUCUCGUCCGGCCAGUACCUGAGAGGUGCAGGAGGGAGGGAAAGGGAAGCGACUACCCGAAGUUCGUUGCAUGCUUCCAUGCAGCGGCCAACAACUCGGGCUGUCGAGGGGGGGACUGGGAGAGAGUCGGAUUCUUCCGGCAUGGCGAGGGAUGGGCGUACGAUGGGUGGGUGAUCCGAUACAGAUGGUCCAAUACGACCUUCAUGCACCAUGCGAUGAAGAACCCAGUGAUAGGAGGGCAGUAUGAGGGUCGACUGCUGCCCCCGCGCUCUUGCGAGGUCACUUCCAAGCUGCCUGCCGACCGGUACAUGGUGAGCGAGGGCGAGAUGUCGUCUCUGCUCAGAUCUGCGGCGCUCACAGCCCUCCCUGGCCGCAAGAAUCACGGGUACAACCCCAACAGCUGCAUUGUGAACGUGAGGCCGGCUGGCGCUUGCCAGUCAACGCCAUGUUGA